CAAGACCGCGGCCCGGGGCAUUUCGAAUUGGAAUCUGGCUCCAGCCGGCGGAGGCUGCCCGGAGCGGCGUCUUGGAGACCGUCUAGUCCCUUCCGCCGUAUCCAGGUAGCCAGUUUAUUUAUCAAUGUUGGAAUAAUAAAGGAGGGAGAGCAAAAUGAGCUGGGCUUUGGAAGAAUGGAAAGAAGGCCUGCCUACAAGAGCUCUUCAGAAAAUUCAGGAGCUCGAAGGCCAGCUUGACAAACUGAAGAAAGAAAAACAGCAGAGGCAGUUUCAGCUGGAAACUCUGGAAGCUGCACUGCAAAAGCAGAAACAGAAGGUUGAAAAUGAAAAAACCGAGGGCACGAACCUAAAAAGGGAGAAUCAAAGAUUGAUGGAAAUAUGUGAAAAUCUGGAUAAAAGUAAACAGAAGAUUUCUCAUGAACUUCAAAUUAAGGAGUCACAAGUGAAUUUCCAGGAAGGACAACUGAAUUCAAGCAAAAAACAGAUAGAAAAAUUGGAACAGGAACUUAAAAGAUGUAAAUCUGAGCUUGAAAGAAGCCAACAAAUGGCACAGUCUGCAGACGUCUCUCUGAAUCCGUGCAGUACACCACAGAAGAUGUUUACUACUCCGCUAACACCGCGUCAAUGUUAUAGCGGUUCUAAGUAUGAAGAUCUAAAAGAAAAAUAUAAUAAAGAAGUUGAAGAACGAAAAAGAUUAGAGGCUGAGGUGAAAGCUUUGCAGGCUAAAAGAACAAGCCAGACUAUUUCCCAAAGCACCAUGAACCACCGAGACAUUGCUCGACAUCAGGCUUCGUCGUCUGUGUUCUGGCAACAAGAGACCCCAGGUCGACUUUCAUCUGAUUCUCACAGAACUCCAGCUGGGAGAGAUUUCUCUGCAUCUCACUUUUUGAGGGACCAUGAAGUUACUCCAAGUAAAUUAACUUCGAAAAUAGGGAAAAGAGAUGCAAAUAACGCUGCCUGUGAUAAUUCUAGUAGUCCUCACCUUUUGGAUCAGUUAAAAGCCCAGAAUAAAGAGCUAAGAAGCAAGAUUAAUGAGUUGGAACUACAUCUGCAAGGACAAGAAAAAGAAAUAAAAGGCCAAGCGAAUAAAUUUCAAGAAGUCCAACUCCAACUGGAGAAAGCAAAAGUGGAUUUAAUUGAAAAAGAGAAAGUUUUGAACAAAAACAGAGAUGAACUGGUGAGAACCACAGCACAAUAUGACCAGGCAUCAACCAAGUGUACUACAUUGGAACAAAAACUGAAAAAAUUGACUGAAGAUUUGAAUUGUCAGCGACAAAAUGCAGAAAGUGCCAGAUGUUCCCUGGAACAGAAAAUUAAGGAAAAAGAAAAGGAGUUUCAUGAGGAGCUCUCCCGUCAACAGCGAUCUUUGCAAACACUGGACCAGGAGUGCACGCAGGUGAAAGCUAAGCUCACCCAGGAACUGCAGCAAGCCAAGAAUACUCAGAACAUCCUCCAGGCCGAACUGGAUAAAGCCACGUUGGUAAAGCAACAGCUAGAAAGAAGUUUGGAAGAGUUUAAACAAAAGUGCUGCAGAACUGAACAGGCACUCCAGGCACGGCAGGUCACGGAGGAUGAGCUGAGGAGAAGCAGCGAGGAAAUGAAGAAGGAAAAUGGUCUCCUUAAAAGACAGUCUGAGCAGAGAGCCAGAGAAGUCUGCCACCUGGAGGAAGAACUCAAGAAAGUCAAACAGUGUCUAAAUCAGAGCCAGAAUUUUGUAGAAGAAAUGAGAGCCAAGAAUCUCUCUCAGGAAACCAUGUUAAGAGAGCUUGAAGAAAAAGUAAAUCUGCAAGAAAACUCUUUGACUUUAGAGAAACUGAAGGUUUCUACAGCUGAUCUGGAAAAGCAGCAAGAUCAAGACCUUUUGAAGAAAAGGGAAUAUCACAUUGAACAACUGAAUUAUAAGUUAAGCAAGACAGAGGAAGAGUAUAAAGCUUUACUGAGUACUUUGGAGUUAAUGAAGAAAGAAUAUAAAAAAUUGGAAGAAGAGAAAGCUCUGUUUUCUUCUUGGAAGAGUGAAAAUGAAAAACUUUUAAAUCAGAUGGCAUUAGAAAAAGAAAGCUCACAGAGUAAAAUCAAUCACUUGGAAACCCUUCUGAAUACGCACCAAAUAAAAAGUCAUGAAUAUGAUGAGAAAGUAAGAACACUGCAGAUGGAAAGAGAAAGCCUAAAUGUCGAGAUCAGAAACCUUCACAGCGUGAUAGACAGCAAGUCUGUGGAGAUAGAGACACAGAAACAAGCUUUUGUAGAACUACAGCAGAAAGCUGAGGUCUCAGAUGAGAAACAUAACAAAGAAAUAGAAAAUAUGUGUCUCAAAACUUCUCAGCUCACGGGGCAAGUUGAAGACCUGGGUCACAAGCUUCAGUUACUGUCAAGUGAAAUAAUGGACAAAGACCAGCAGUAUCAAGACCUGCAUGCUGAAUAUGAGGGCCUCAGGGAUCUGCUAAAAUCCAAAGAUUCUUUUCUGGUGACAAAUGAGGAUCAUCAGAGAAGUCUUUUGGCUUUUAAACAGCAGUCCGAUAAGAAUGAUUCUUUUGCAAAAAUUAGAGGAGAACAAGAAUGCAUGCCUUCAGAAAAGAGUGAGUGCAAUUUAGAAGUUGACCAAAGUCCAAAAAAUUCAGCCAUCCUACAAAAUAGAGUCGUUUCACUUGAAUUUUUAUUAGAGUCUCAAAAGCAGAUGAACUCAGAUCUGCAAAAGCAGUGUGAAGAGUUGGUACAAAUCAAAGGAGAAAUAGAAGGAAACCUUAUUAAAGCAGAACAGAUGCAUCAGAGUUUUGUGGCUGAAACAAGUCAACGCAUUAGUAAGUUACAAGAAGACACUUCACUUCAUCAGAAUGUUGUUGCCGAAACGUUAGUUGCCCUUGAGAACAAGGAAAAGGAGUUCCAGCUUUUAAACGAAAAAUUAGAAACUGAGCAAGCUGAGGUUCAAGAAUUAAAAAAGAGCAACUAUCUACUGGAAAACUCUGUAAAGGAGUUACAACUUUUAUGUGAGACCCUGAGCUCAGAGAAAAAGGAAUUAAGUUCUGUUAUUUCUCUACACAAAAAACAAAUUGAAGAGCUAACCCAAGAAAAUGGGGCGCUCAAGGAAAUUAACGAAACUUUAAAUCAAGAAAAAGCGAACUUUGUCCAAAAAAGUGACAGUUUUUCAAACAGUAUAGAUGAAAAAGAAAGAAUUUCAGAGUUUUCUGAUCAGUUUAAGCAUGAAAGACUUACUUUACUGCAAAGAUGUGAAGAAACUAGAAAUGCAUUUGAGGAUCUUAGUCAAAAAUACAAAGCAGCACAAGAAAAGAACUCUAAAUUAGAAUGCUUGCUAAACGAAUGUACUAGUAUUUGUGAAAAUAAAAAAAUGGAGUUAGAACAGCUAAAGGAAAUAUUUGCAAAGGAACACAAAGAAUUCUUAACAAAAUUAGCCUUGGCUGAAGAAAGAAACCAGGUUCUAAUACUAGAGUUGGGUACAGUACAGCAAGACAGGCAAUCUGAGAUUGCACAUAUCCAGAACAAUUUCAAGAGUGAGACUGAUGGUUUAAACCAAGAAAUUAUGAUUUUAAAGGAACAGCAAAAUAAGAUGCAAAAAGAAGAUAAUGGCUUAUUACAAGAAAAUGAGGAAUUGAAAAAAUUAAUGCAUACUAAACAUGAACAUCAAAAUCUAGAAGUGGAUCCAAUAAGAGACUCCAUGAAAGACAGCAAGAAUGAGAUAAAUAAGCAUAAUUGUCAACGGCAGGUAGAUCUUGAGGUUAAGGACCUUUUUCUAGACAGUUACAAUACACAGUUGGUACAUUUAGAAGCUAUGGUAAGAAAUUUGGAAGUCAAACUUCUGGAAAGUGAGAAUGAAAAAGAGUGCUUGCAACAAGAACUACAGAGAACUAGAGGAGAAUCAGAAACUAAAAGUUCACAAGACACACAGUCACAAGAAAUCAGUAACCUUAAAGACUGCGAAAAAGAUACAGAAGAAAAGUAUAUUUCAGUGCUUCAUGAGUUGUCGACAAGCCAAAAUGACAAUGCACACCUGCAGUGCUCUCUGCAAACAGCAAUGAACAAGCUGAAUGAACUAGAGAAAAUGUAUGAAAUACUGCAGAUCGAAAAACUUGAACUAGUGUCUGAGCUGAAUGACUCAAGAUCAGAAUAUAUCACAGUAACUAAUAAAAUGACAGAAGAGGUAGAGAAACUGGUAAAUGAAGUUAAAAUAUUAAACGAUAAAAAUAGUCACCUUCAAGGUGACUUAGUGACAGAAAUGGCAGAAGGUGAAUUCGGUGAACAACAAAAUGAGAAGUCUGUGUCUUUGAAUCCUAUGGAGGAUAGUAAUUCCUAUGAGCGCUUGACAUUGUCAAACAAAGAAGUUCAAACGCACUUUGCUGAAUUACAAGAGAAAUUCUUGUCUUUACAAGGUGAACACAAAAUUUUACAUGAUCAGCACUGUCAAAUGAGCUCUAAGAUGUCAGAGCUCCAGACCUAUGUUGACAAAUUAAAGGCUGAAAAUUCAGUCUUGUCAGUGAAUCUGAGAAAUGUUCAAGGUGACUUGGUAAAAGAGAUGAAGCCAGGACCUGAGGAGGAGCAAAUUCUGUCACCGUCAUUUUCUUGUGUAACUGACAGCCCUAAUCUUACACGAUUUGGAGAAGGCUCUCUUGACAAAGAUCUUUUAGAACAAACAGGAGAAACAUCUCUUUGGAGUGACUUAGAAGGGAAUGUUUCAGCAAACCAGUCUAAUGUAGGUGAAGUAUCUUGUAGCAGUUUGGAGGAGGAGGAGAAUCUGACUAAGAAAGAAACCUCUUCUGCCCCAGUGAGAAGUGUUGAAGAACUAGAGAUACUCUGUCAGAUGUAUCUGCAGUCCCUCAAGAAUCUAGAAGAGAAAAUGGAAAAUCAAGGGAUUCUCAAAAAUAAGGAAAUUCAAGAGCUGGAACAGUUACUAAGUUCUGAAAGGAAAGAGCUCGACUGUCUUAGGAAACAGUUUUUGUCAGAAAAUGAACAGUGGCAGCAGAAGCUGACGAGCGUGACCAUGGAGAUGGAGUCUAAGUUGGCAGCAGAAAAGAAGCAGACAGAACACCUGUCAAUGGAGCUCGAAGUAGCACGACUCCAACUUCAAGGACUGGAUUUAAGUUCUCGGUCUUUCAUUGGCACUGAUACAGAUGUAGUUCGGGGCCAAAAUGAAAGCUGUGAUAUAACAGAAUCUGAUGAAUAUACAUCAGAAACUACAGAAAGAAUACCAAAGCAGGAUAUUUGUCAGAUUUGUGAUGAAAAUAAUCAGCAGGACCUCAGUCUUGAGACCAGGGAAAUAACUGAGACAGAGACAGUCAAACUUAGAGGAGAAUGCUGUAAGGAACAAUCCCCAGAAACUAACUGUGAUGUUCCAGUGGAAGAUAAGCCCCAGGGCUGUCCAGAAUGCAUUUCCCAAUUGUCACUAUCUGGACCUAGUGCUUUGGUACCUGUGAAUGCCCUGGGGGAUCAGGUAACCAUCCAGAAUCUCCAGCUACAGGUAGAAGAGACAUUAAGUGAGAAUCUGAGGUUACUUCAUGUGUUAGAGGAUCGUGACAAGAAAGUUGAAAGUUUGUUAAAUGAAAAAAGAGAGUUAAGUGCAAAACUUGAUUUGCAGGAAGUACAACUAACAAACAAGAUCGAAGCGUGUAUAGCAUUAGAAAAAAUUCUUGAAGAACUUAAAGAAAAAUCAGAUUUAAGUGAAAAAUUGGAAUCUGUGUCUUGUGAUAACCAGGAGUUAUACCAGAGAGUAGACACUUCAGACAGCAUGAAUCCUCAUUUAGAAAUGGGCCCAAAUAAAUUGUCAGAUGAAGUUAUUGACGAUAGUGUUGCCAAGGUGGAUGACAACUGUAAAAAGAGCUUGCUUGAUAUGGAAAAUGAACUGAACAGGAUAAAAUCUGAGAAAGCUAGCAUCGAGUGUCAUGCCCUCUCCAUGGAAGCUGACUUAGAGAUAGUUCAGACAGAGAAGCUAUGUUUAGAAAAAGACAAUGAAAGUAAGCAGAAGGUUAUUGUCUCUCUUGAAGAAGAGCUCUUAGUGGUCACAAGAGAGAGAAACCGGCUUCAUGGAGAAUUAGAUACUGUGUCUAAAGAUAACAAAGAACUGGUUGGAGUGUCUGAGAAGCUGAAAGAGAGAGUACAGGAGCUCGAGUCUCAUCAAGGUGCAUGUGUUGAUCGCAUUCAGGUCGUAGAGGCCGAAUUAAAGGAUAAAACAGAACUUCUUCAGACUUUGUCCUCUGAUGUGAGUGGGCUGUUGAAAGACAAAACUCAUCUCCAAGAACAACUGCAGAGUUUGGAAGAGGACUCACAGGCACUGUCUUUGGUAAAACGUGAGCUGGAAAACCAAAUUGGACAAUUAAAUAAAGAAAAAGAAUCACUUCUCAGGAAAUUUGAAAGCCUGCAGGCCAGACUGAGUGAAUUGGAACAUGACAAGCUAAAUGUCUCCAAAGCCUUGGAAGCAGCACUAAUAGAGAAAGGGGAGUUUGCAGGGAAGCUGAGCUCAACGCAAGAGGAGGUGCACCAGUUGAGAAGAGGCAUUGAGAAACUGAGAGUCCGCAUUGAGGCUGAUGAAAAGAAUCAACUCCAUGUUGUAGAGAAACUGAAAGAAAGAGAGCGUGAGAAUGAUUCGCUUAAGGAUAAGGUUGAGAGCCUAGAAAGGGAAUUGCAGAUGUCUGAAGAAAACCAAGAGCUGGUGAUUCUUGAUGCCGAGAAUUCCAAAGCAGAAGUAGAAACCCUAAAAACACAAGUGGAAGAGAUGGCCAAAAGCCUGAAAGUUUUAGAAUUAGACCAUGGCAAGGUAAGGUCCGAGAAAGAAAACCUAACUGAACAAUUACAAGAAAAACAAGAUCAAGUGUCAGAAUUGGACAAAAUGGUCUCUUCAUUUAAAAGUCUAUUAAAGGAAAAGGAGCAAGCAGAAAUACAGAUGAAAGAAGAAGCUAAAACUAUAGUGGAGAUGCUUCAAACACAAUUGAAAGAGCUAAACGAGGAAGUGAAAGCUUUGUAUAAUGACCAGGAAGGCUGGAAGGCUGAAGAACCGAGCCCAGACACACCAGUGGAAGACGUGGAUAAGAAAAUAAAUAGUAUUGAAAAGCUAAAAGCCCUCAUAGAAACUGAUGGAAAGAAGCAGCGCCUUGUCAUAGAAAAACUGAAAGAAAGUCAACAUAGUGCAGAUUUGCUGAAGGAUAGAGUUGGAAACCUUGAAAGAGAGCUAGACAUAUCAGGGAAAAACCAAGAGAGUGCAGUUCUCGAGGCUGAGAACUCCAAAGCUAUGGUAGAGACCUUAAAAGCAAGAAUAGAAAAGACAGACCAAAACCUGAGUGAUUUGGAAUUAGCUCUCACUGACAUAAGGUUAGAGAAAGAGAAUCUGAUGAAAGAAAAACAAAAAGAGCAAGAGCGAGUAUCUGAAUUAGAAACAUUAAGUUCUUCACUUGAAAAUCUGCUACGAGAAAAAGAGCAACAAAAUGUACAGUUGAGAGAAGAAUCUACAGUUGCAAUAGAGAUGGUUCAAGCAAAAUUCCAAGAGUUAAGUGAAAAGGUGUCAGACCUGUGUAAUGACCAAGAAAUCUAUAAGGCCAAAGUACAGAAUCUGAGCAAUCAAGUAAAUUCUCUUGAAACUGAGAAGGCUAAGUUGCUACAAGACCUUAACAAGGCCAAAAAUAAUGACAGUGUUUUGCAAUCUACUGUCAAGGACCUCAUUCGAGAAGUAGAAGAUGGCAAACAGAAAGUAGAGAAGAAAGAUGAAGAAAUCAGUAGAUUAAACAGUCAAAUUCAAGACCAAGAGCAGCUCCUCUCCAAACUGUCUCAGGUGGAAGGAGAGCAGGAACUAUGUAAGAAGCAGAAUGUAGAACUGAGAAAUCUGACAGUGGAAUUAGAGCAAAAGAUCCAAGUGCUGCAAUCCCAAAAUGCCACCUUACAGAACACUGUAGAAGCACUGCAGAAUUCUUACAAGGAUAUAGAGAAUCAGCUUGAAUUGACAAAAACAGAAAAAAUGUCCUUUGCUGAAAAAGUAAACACCAUGACUGCAAAGGAAUCUGAGCUGCAGAGGGAAAUACGUGAGAUGGUACAAAAAAGGACAGACCUAGAAGAAGAAUUCAGUGGAGAGAAAAAUAAACUAACUAAAGAAUUAAAAUUAUUGUUGGAAGAAAUACAGAGCAACAAAGGUCAAUUGAAGGAGCUCAUGUUAGAAAAUAGUGAAUUGAAGAAGAGUUUGGAUUGUGUACACAAAGAUCAGGUGGAAAAGGAAGAGAAAGUAAGAGAAGUGACUGAGUAUCAGCUACAGCUUCAGGAAGCUGAGAAGAGACAUCAGACUUUGCUUCUGGACACAAACAAACAGUACCAAAUAGAAAUCCAGACUUAUCAAGAAAAAUUGACAUCUAAAGAGGAAUGUCUCAAAUCACAGAAGUUGGAGAUAGACAACUUAAAGUCUACUAAAGAAGAACUCAAUAAUUCUUUGAAAGUGACCACACAGCUUGUAGAAGAAUUGAAGAAAGCCAAGGUAGACAAUCUAAAAUAUGUAAGUCAGCUGAAGAAAGAAAAUGAACGUGCCCAGGGGAAAAUAAAGUUGUUGAUGAAAUCCUGUAAACAACUGGAAGAGGAAAAGGGGAUGUUGCAGAAAGAACUGUCUCAACUUGAAGCUGCUCUGGAGAAACAGAAGACAGGUACUAUUGUGAAUCCUAAUCUAGAUGAAUUAAUGACCGAAAUGAAAGAACUCAAAGAAACUCUGGAAGAGAAAAGUAAGGAGGCUGACGAAUACUUGGAUAAGUACUGUUCACUGCUUAUAAGCCAUGAGAAGUCAGAGAAGGCUAGAGAGAUGUUGGAAACACAGGUUGCUCGCCUGAGUUCACAACUAUCUAAACAUGAUCUUCGGAGUUCUCCUUCGCUAAAUUCAGUUGUUCCAGGACCUUCUCCAGUCUCUUCUGUUCCUGAAAAGAAGUUAUCAUCUGGUCAAAAUAAAACUUCAGGCAAGAGGCAGAGGCCUAGUGGGAUUUCUGACAAUGAUGGAGGAUCAGUACCUUCUACCCCAGAGACAUUUUCUAAAAAAAGUAGAAAAAUAGUCAAAAGUGUUCCUCACUCUGCAAGCGACACAGAAGAUACAGAGUUUGAGCCAGAGGGACUUCCAGAAGUUGUGAAGAAAGGGUUUGCUGACAUCCCAGUGGGAAAGACCAGCCCCUACAUCCUGCGGAGAACAACCAUGGCAACCAGGACCAGUCCGCGCCUCGCUGCACAGAAGUUAGCAUUAUCCCCCCUAAGUCUUGGCAACAAAAUUCUCGUAGACUCCUCCAAACGAACAGCUGGUGGCAGCAGAUCACAAAAGGUCAAGAUUGCUCAACAGAGCCCAGUGGACUCAGGCACUGCCUUCCGAGAACCCACCACGAGAUCUCUUGCGGUCAAUAACCUCUCUGGGGACAGCCCCAGGGAGGGUCUGAGAGUCAAGCGAGGCCAACUUACCCCUAGCCCAGAAGCUGGACCUGAGCCCAAGGGCAGUGAGAACUGCAGAGUUCAAUGAAGAGACCUUGUGUACCAGGACCCCUGGAAGGUGACAGUAGGGAAAUGGAUAGGAGUCUGCCUGCAGGAAUUUUCUUUAGUUAAGGAGUAAUUUAACAGUGGGAAGAGAACAAUUCUUCAUAAGCCUAAAUGUGCUGUACCCUUUAGAUCUAUUAUGUGUUAGUAUUGGAAAAGUUUGGAAGCACUGAUUACCUAUUCACUGGUACUCCUCUACUGCAAUGUAAAUAGCACUGUGUAGAGCUUUUUGGUAAAAUGUUACAAUUAAAUGGCAGGCCACAUAUAACAACUUUUGGUGUUUUACAGUGAAAAAUGCAAAACAUACUUUGUAUUUCCAAUUAACAGCUCCCAGGAAAUGCAAACUUUUACUUUGAUAUUUCCUAUGUUUAAUGUUAGGUGUGAAAUAGUUUGAUCAAGGACUUCUCUGAGUAAAAUGAAAGAAAACCAUACUAUAUGUUUUUAAAGAAAACGAACACGUGUGUAUAUAGGUGUUUUCAUCCUUGCAAUGUGUUUUGUAUUUGGUUAUAUAACUUGUACAUAUGUUUGUGUGUUGGAGAGAUGUGUUGAUUUCUGGUUAGUCUGGUUGUAGGAUCCUCAGAGGAUUACUGUAUCAUGUUUUCUGUCAUUGUACCGGUCAGCCUGAAACAUUUUGGGUAUUUAUACAUGUACCCAAGAUCCCAAUGGGCUGAAGGGGAUCCGUAUAUCUUAUCUAAGGUGCUUUCGCGCUCUCCCUUUCUUUCUCAUGCAUGUAUACACACUUGUCUAU